AUGGCGCCUGGCCAGCCGUUUCAGAGCCAUGGCUUCCAGACCUCUAUCGACACGGCGCGCCAGCAAACAACACCAAAAACAACAACAACCACCACCACCACCAUUGCCCCUGUUGCAGGCGUGAAACGGCCGUUGCAGACCAUAGGAGACAGACGGCCUCGUGUCACUACGACUACUGCUGCCUCGCUGCACCGUUACACACACAGACAGGCCCAGGACAGCACGCCUGACAAUAAUAAUUAUCAAAAGAUCGUGCCUGCCGCCGAAGCCACUCACACUAGCCGAAUUGUGGCUAGUGCCAUUAGCGGGCCCACUUCUGCCUUGGCGCCGCCGACAGCCACUCACGCGCGUCCACAGUCCGCCGCUAGUCCGCUUUUGUCGCUGCAGCAUCCCAAGUAUGGCCUGCCCCCCACGCUCGUGUCCAAUUUCAAGGCUGUCGGCAUCGACUCGAUCUACCCAUGGCAGGCUUCCUGUCUGCUCGGUCGUGGCCAUCUGUCUGGCGAGAGGAACCUGCUCUACUCCGCCCCGACCGGAGGCGGCAAGUCGUUGGUUUCUGAUGUCCUCAUGCUCAAGAGAGUCAUCGAACAGCCCGCUCGGAAAGCUAUCUUGGUGCUGCCCUAUGUCGCCGUUGUCCAGGAAAAGCUCAAGUGGCUGCGUCGCAUCGUCCAGGACGUGGAGAAAAACAUCGUCGUUGAUGACAGCGACAACGAUGCCGCAGCAAAGCCACGGACCCGCCCGCCCAAGGAGAUACGCAUUACCGGCUUCUUCGGAGGCAGCAAGUCGCGCACCACCUGGGCCGACACUGACAUUGCCGUCUGCACAAUCGAAAAGGCCAAUUCUCUAGUGAACGCCGCCAUCGAGGAGUGCACCAUUGGCGAUCUGGCUGCUAUAGUGGUCGAUGAAAUCCAUAUGCUAGACGACGACAGUCGUGGAUACUUGCUCGAGCUGAUGGUCACCAAGCUGCUGCUCCUACAGCAAGAUAUUCAGAUCAUCGGCAUGAGCGCUACCAUUUCCAAUACAGACCUACUGGCUAAAUGGCUACGCGCUUCCUACCAUGGUUCUGACCAUCGCCCAGUUCCUAUCGAGGAGUACCUCGUUUACGAAAAUAUUAUAUAUCAAGCUGCCCAGUCCAAAGAAUUCUUUCAAACCGCGACAAAACUGGACCCAGCGUCGCUGCUACAAGCUUCCCUUGGAUCGUACCGAGUCAUCGAUGCUUCGGCCUUCAAACAACUGGCCAAACCGACUGUCAAUGCCAUGGUUGCCCUCGCAGUCGAAACAGCCACAGCGGGUUUUGGAGCCCUCGUGUUUUGUGGCAGCCGCCUUGCCUGCCAGGCCAACGCAAUGCUUAUAGGUGGUGCAGUACAGCCUCCGUCCGCAUCGGAUGCUGAAAUUUUGGAAAAGCGACUGGACCUUUUGGCUGAAUUGCAGAGUCUACCGUGUGGCUUGGAUCCUGUUUUGCAGGUGACCGUGCCCAAUGGAGUUGCAUUUCACCAUGCCGGAUUGACUACCGAGGAACGCGACUUGAUAGCCGAUGCAUACGACCAAGGUAUCAUCAAAAUCAUCGUGGCUACUUGCAGUCUUGCGGCGGGCGUUAAUCUCCCUGCUAGGCGGGUCAUUAUGCAAGGCGCCCGCAUGGGACGCGACCUUGUUGGACCAGCAUUGUUACGGCAAAUGCGAGGCCGCGCCGGGCGAAAAGGCAAAGACACUGUUGGAGAAACCUUUCUCAUUUGUGAGAAACCUGAUUUGGAAGAUGUUGCUGAAAUUUGGGAUGCCGAGAUCCCUGCUAUUGAAAGCUGCCUGGCCCAGGACCAGGACAACAAAGGAGUGAAACGGGCCCUGUUGGAAGCCAUCGCAACUCGUUUGGUAUCUGGUCGUGAAGCGAUCGAGGAGUAUAUGAGAAAUACUCUGCUGUAUCGAACGCGGGAAGCCGCCGAAAUACAAAAACUGACUGAAGCGAGCUUGCAAGAAUUAGUCGAUGCUAAGCUUUUACACUUGCGUGAAGACGAAUCUUAUGAGGCGACAAAACUCGGUGGCGCCAUCGUCGCGUCGUCGUUUUCGCCCGACGAUGGCCUUUUCAUCCAUGAAGAGCUCAAGCGAGCCCUAGAAGCUUUUGUUAUGGAUGGCGAGAUGCACAUUUUUUACAUGUUCACGCCACUUUCGGUCGCCAUGAAUAACGUUAUAGAUUGGAUCGUUUUCCGAGAUCAAUUGGACGCUCUCGACGAGAGUGGCAUUCGAGCUUUGCAGUUUGUUGGUGUGCAACCAGGCUUCGUGAACAAUAUGGCCCAGUGCGGACGGACACUCAAAGAAGAUAACCCGGCACAAUUGAACCUGGCACGAGUAUACCACCGCGCUUUCACUGCAUUUCAACUCCGCGAUUUGAGCAAUGAAGUACCUCUAUCCACAAUCUCAAGCCGGUACCGCACCCCGCGCGGCGUCGUCCAAACGCUAGCCCAGACUUGCCACGGGUUUGCUGCGGGCAUGGUCAGAUUCUGCCAGAGAAUGGGCUGGGGCAUGCUGGCCGUAGUGCUUGAUCACAUGAGAGACCGCCUGCAGGCUGGUGCCCGAGACGAUCUUUUGGAAAUGGCGCAGGUGACGUUCGUCAAGAGCCGGACGGCGAGAUUAUUAUGGGAGAACGGUUUCCGGAGCGUGCGAGCGCUGGCCGAGGCUGAUCCCAAGGAUAUUGUUCCUGUUUUGAUGAUGUCUCGCCCGCGGAAAAUGCAGGAGCAACAAGAAAUAGAACGGUACAGCGCGAAAAUUCAGCGCAAGGCAGAGGUUAUUGUCGGCUCGGCGAACAGAAUAUACGAGUUGCAAAUGCAUGUAGAGAUUGACGAAUAA